GUCCUCCUACAAACACUUUGAUAUUUGUGAGGCGGCGUUGUGUGAGUCUCUACUGAGUCUCUACUGAGUCUCUCCUGAGUCCCUUCUGAGUCUCUCCUGAGUCUCUCCUGAGUCUCUCCUGAGUCUCUCCUGAGUCUCUCCUGAGUCUCUCCUGAGUCCUGACCGAGCCCUGGGUGAGUCCUGAGUCUGUCAUCCAAUCGGAGGCUGGAGCCUCACUUUAGAGUCUCAUCUCAACGCCCAGAGACCGGAGAACAUGGAGACCGGGGGGCCCAGCGGGGGUCCCAGCCGGGGGCCAGGGGCCCUCUCUGCAGCGGACCUGGACUCCAGUACGGACUCGGAGGGUGAGGAGCGGGUGAGGAGGCGGGAGGAGCGGGAGGAGCGGGAGGAGGAGGAGACGCGGGCCGUGGCCUCGUCCCCCGACGGCCGCUACCUCAAGUUCUGCGUGGAGCUGGGCCGCGGCUCCUUCAAGACCGUGAGCCGCGGCCUGGACACCGUCACCACCAUGGAGGUGGCCUGGUGCGAGCUGCAGACGAGCCGUCUGUCCACAGAGGAGCGGCAUCGUUUCCAGGAGGAGGUCCAGAUGUUGAAGGGUCUGCAGCAUCCGAACAUCGUUCGUUUCUACGACUCCUGGAAGUGCCACGUCCAGGGUCAGAAGGUCCUGAUCCUGGUCACGGAGCUGAUGACCUCCGGGACACUCAAAACGUACCUGAAGAGGUUCAAGGAGAUGAAGAUGAAGCUGCUCCAGCGCUGGAGCCUGCAGAUCCUGCGGGGGCUGGCCUUCCUCCACUCCCGCUCGCCGCCCAUCCUGCACCGCGACCUCAAGUGUGACAACGUCUUCAUCACCGGCCCGACCGGCUCCGUGAAGAUCGGAGACCUGGGCCUGGCCACGCUGAAGAACGCCCCGUACGCCAAGAGCGUCAUAGGGACCCCAGAGUUCAUGGCCCCAGAGAUGUACGAGGAGCGCUACGACGAGGCGGUGGACGUGUACGCCUUCGGGAUGUGCCUCCUGGAGAUGAGCACCUCCGAGUACCCCUACGCAGAGUGUCACAGCGCCGGACACAUCUACCGCAAGGUCACCAGCGGCAUUAAGCCAGACAGUUUCUUCAAAGUAAAAGACCCCGAGCUGAAGGAGAUCAUAGAGGGCUGCAUCCAAACCAACAGCAGCGAACGCUACACCAUCCAGGACCUGCUAGAUCUCUGGUUCUUCCAGGACCCCGGUGGACCCCGAGACCCCGGUGGGGUCCGGGCGGAGGACCCCAGCGCGUUCCGGGUGGAGGAGCCCGUUGGAGUCCGGGUGGAGCUGGCGUCCGCAGAAGACGACCAGAGCUCCGCCCUCAAACUGUGGCUCCGCAUGGCCGGGCUGCAGGGCCGUUACCGCGGCAACACGGCCAUCGAGUUCCUCUUCGAACUCCACAAGGACGUCCCGGAGGAGGUGGCCCAGGAGAUGGUGGUGCUUGGCUUCGUUUGCGAGGCUGAUUAUAAGCCUGUUGCCAAGGCGAUCAGGGAGCGGGUCACCGUCAUCAAGCGGCAGCGAGAGCAGCAACUGGCGCAGGAAGUCCUCCCAAGCAGGCAGGAAGCUGUCAGCAACGAGCUUGUCGACAUCUCGGAGCCACCAACCACAACCACUCAGAUGUCUAAUCCUGAUUUCAGUCCCGCCCCCUCUCCAGAUUCCACCUAUCAGGUAUACAGAAGAACAAAACACUAUCUGCCAUUUUUGAGUAUUUCAACGGAGCAGGUGCCUUGCCCGUUCAGACGUUCAACAGGUUCAAAAGGAGCCUGCUGUCCCCCUCGACGCCCCUCAGUCCCCCUCGACGCCCCUCGGCCCUCAGUCCCCCUCGACGCCCCUCGGCCCUCAGUCCCCCUCGACGCCCCUCGGCCCUCAGUCACCUUCCCGCCGAGGGGCAAGGCGAUCGUCGAGGAGAUUACGGCCCAAUCCCAUUUCUACCCCUUACCCCUCCCCCUUAUUUUGAAGGGGUAAGGGGAAGGGGUAAGGGGUAGAAAUGGGA